AUGCACUAUUUCGACCCGACUCUCGACUGGCCGAAAGAACUGCUAGAGGAUCAGAUGCCUGACUUGAUCAUCAUACAAUCCAAGAAUCUCAAAGACCUCGGUGCACCAUGGCAAGUUUCUGACAGUGGUUGGACGACAUGUUGGGUCCAGUAUGCGGCUUCAGGAAGUGAAGCUCGUUUCUUGAACUGGAUUUUCCUCGACGGUGUGUUCGCUAGUGAGGACGAUAGAAAACAGGUUGCAGCAUACUUGGGUGGCCUUGCGGAUCAAGAGGUGUCUAUACAUCGUUAUCGAGGCUUGUCUGUAACCAGUAAUCUGCCAAUAUUACUGACAGCGCCGAUUGUCAAAUGUCGUCCGGCAGCCCCUGAGACUGCCGCCUCACGGAACUGGUCGUUAAGGUACAAUCUGAUGAGUUCUUCAGGCUCUAGUUUAAGCGAUCUCGAGGCAUGGUCGACUUUGCUCGUUGAGUCCAAUGAACAUGAUCAAGCAAUUCCGCGACCAGCUCAUGAGAAUCAGCUGGGGGUAUACUCGACAUUGCCCUUCGAUGAUUCGAGGGUUACGGACUCUGUCGAUGGAGUUGAGGUUGAAGGUACAACCGUAACUUUGUAUGUUGUGGCAUCCUCAUCGAACCUGCAGCAGCACAUGAUAUGGUCAAAUUCAUCUGUGCUCAUUCCAGAUUCUGGCGCUUCGACGAUGUGGUAG